UUUGAACUGGUGAGGAGACAUGUUUUCUGUGAGAUGGUAACUGAGUCUUGAUUGUUAUUUAGUUGAAACUGAUGCUUAAUCACAGUGACCGCGUCCAAAAUUGAGAGAGAAGUGGCGCUGCUCGGUAGCCCCAGGCGGUGCAGGUAGUCUGCCUGCCUGCCUGCCUCCACACUCCACUCUUGCCGAUCAGUUGCGCGUUGGUGCUGAGCGAGUGAAGUGCAAGUUUCUAUACGUAGUCACCACUGCUUCCUGCCACACUACAGCCAUUUGUUUUCAUGAGGUGAGGACCAGUGACCAUGCCUGUGGAGGGCGCCGCAGAAGCCUCGGCCGGCACGUCCUCCUCGUCCGCACCCCGAGAUGAACCGCUGCCCCUGUCCUUGACGGCGCGCAGCUCCUCGUCUUCGUCUGCAUCUGCGCGCGGGGGUCCCGGCUUCGAACUGUACCACCACCAUCUAGUGGGCGGCCUGCACCGUGAGAGUUCCGCUUUUGUACCCGUGGUGCCCCAGCGCUUUGUGGCCUACCCGCCUCUGCUCCUGGAUGACAAUGUGGAAGGCCGUAAGCCUGGUUCAGGCUUCGAACUCAUGGCCCUUAUGGCUGACAAGCAGAAGGAGCUGGCCCUGCGCGAGGCCGCAGCACAUGCAGCAGCGGCCGCCGCAAUGUUACUGCCUCAUCCCCACAGGGGGCAACCGCCACUACCCGGGGCACCCCCGCCACAUCACCCUUAUGGGCCGCCGGCUGGGAUCUUCGCCCCUGGAGGAGGCACUGGGGGCGGUCCAACAAGCUUCCCGUUUCCGGGAACUGCGAGUGGCAUGUUCCCCCCACACAGCCACGCUCACCUAGACCGCCGGCUGCUGCGGGCCCCGGGCCGGGCUUCGCGCCCCAAGAAGCAAUUCAUCUGCAAGUUCUGCAGCCGCCAGUUCACCAAGUCCUACAACCUGCUGAUCCACGAGCGCACGCACACGGACGAGCGGCCCUACUCGUGCGACAUCUGCGGCAAGGCGUUCCGGCGCCAGGACCACCUCAGGGACCACAGGUACAUCCACUCAAAGGAGAAGCCGUUCAAGUGCGGUGAGUGUGGCAAGGGGUUCUGCCAGUCGCGGACGCUGGCCGUGCACAAGAUCCUGCACAUGGAGGAGUCCCCACACAAGUGUCCGGUGUGCAGCCGCAGUUUCAACCAGCGCUCCAACCUCAAGACACACCUGCUCACGCACACCGACCACAAGCCCUACGAGUGCGGCUCCUGCGGUAAGGUGUUCCGACGCAAUUGCGACCUCCGACGCCACGCCUUGACGCACACCGUGGGCGAUGUUCCCCCUGAGGUGCUGGCGGAGACGUCGACCCGCCCUGAGGCGCCACCACCCCCGCAUAAGGAACCAUCACCGUCCUCGCCCGAGCGCACUCCCCCACCUCGGCGAAGUUCUCCUCCCCCCACAACGCGCUGUCACCAUCACGAUUCAUCCUCGUCCUCAUACACGAUGCGUCCCCAGCCGCCUCCCGACACCCCGCACGUCCCCCAUCUGCAGAUACGCCGUGAUCUGCAUAGGUCCACCUCAGCCACUGUAACGAGUCUGGAACACAUUCCGGGCCCUAGCAUGGGACUCGGUAUAUUCCGGAGGAAAGUGCCGGAGCCUCCGGAUAUCCGUGUCCGUAGCUCGCCCUCAGAUCCGGGGCCGUCAACAUCGCGAGAUAAAGGGAUCACACCCACAGUCAGACCGCAGAGGAACCCGUCUACCAAGAUGCAUGGCUUCAGCAUAGAAGAGAUAAUGCGACGCUAGUGCCACUCUUGUUGACACGUGUGCGGACUCCAGAACGUUCUGUUCAUGUUGUUGUUGUUGUUGUUUCCGAUCUCAAGGUAUUACAGUAGAAUAGAGAUAUGGGCGCGAUGUUGCCAGCACAGCACUCACGUAAUGUGAGAUGUAGCAACGCCGCCUCAUCGCGCCCUACACGAUGUACUAGAACCGUGAAUAGGAUUAUGAUAAAUACAAUAAAAAACGUUGCUUCAUUUUUAA